UGCAGUCGAAGUGACGUCAGUUGUCCCAUCUUGCUACGUUUCGCAGUCAGAUUGGAAGACUGGGUUGACGAUUGCUCCAACCGGAAGUGACACAUCCGGUUCGUCCGCCGCGUCAAUAUCAAUAGUCUCUGUAGUGUCUGUAUUCAUGUCACUUCCUUCAGAAGAUGUUUUAAUUUUACAAAUCCUCAUGCAGAGCUUGCGUAAACAGCCACAACAGCAAAGUAAGAUAAUUGCUAAAACUGCGCAAGAUAUCGGAAUGGCAAUUCCGAGUCCAUACCAGAACUGUUUUGAGUCUGUUAUUGACGUUGUAUUGCGAUUAGAGCCAGAUAUGAUAUUAUGAAACAUCACUCCUGAAACAUAAAAUGAUAACUC